AUGUCGCAUUCAGACUACUUCAAUUACAAGCCGUAUGGCGAGUCCACUGAGAAGUCAGGCAGCUCGAAGAAGAGACAGUCUUCUUCCUCUUCAUCAUCUAGGAUAAGAUCCGAAAGUCUAGGGCGAAAUACCAAUACUACGCAGGCUCGAGUAGCGUCUUCGCCCAUCAGUCCCGGACUGCAUUCUACUCAGUACUUCAGGUCGCCGAACGCAGUUUAUAGUCCCGGAGAAUCCCCCCUAAACACAGUGCAGCUUUUCAAUCGUCUUCCGGGGAUUCAGCAGGGCCAAUUUUUCCAUCAGAAUGCCAUAUCAGGGUCUUCAAGCUCAUCGGCAAGGUCAAGUAGACGUCCCUCCAAUAUCGGUUUGCCUCUACCAAAGAACCCUCAGCAAUCUUUACCCAAACUGUCCACUCAGUCUAUUCCUGCGCAUAAGAAGUUUGAUCCUAGUAAAACCGAAACUGAUAAUUUUAAGAAGCCCCUUCCAAUGAAUAGUAGUCAAGACCCAUUAUUGACUACGCCCACAUUGGUUAUAUCGCCGGAACUGGCUUCGCUGAACACAACUAAUACAUCGAUUAUGUCUACACCACAAAACCUAACGAACCAAAGCUCUAGUAAGCAUAUUGCCACUAGAUCACAAACAAACGCGUCUGCAAGCACUUCGACGUUGCAAGAUUUGGUCACAACAAACAGCUCGCAACGGUCCGUAGCACAUCACGGUGGAAGCACGUCGAGUCUCCGAACGUAUAAAAAGCAAUACGUAUUGAACGAACAGCUGUAUCUGAGAAAAAUGAGAAAUCGUGCGAACGAUGACUAUUACACAAGAGGUAUAGUAGCGUCGUCCAAUUUUGAUGACGAUGAAGAAAACCAUAGCAAUAAAGGCGAGGAUGAAUUAGAACUAGAAAUGAAUGAUCUCCUAAAGAUAGAGGGUGAUGAUAAAGAUAAUGAUUUCAAUUUUGGUUAUAAUUUUAUUACGUCAAACACAAAGAAUAACGAAAAUGUAGUUGCAAUGAGCUUGAAUUAUUUGAAAGGCAAAUUGGACUGGCUCAGGAAUGGUAGCGACGAUAAGGAACGCGAAAUACCGGACGACGAGUGGAAUUACAUGUUAGGAACCGAGGAUUUAUUGUCAAGAUUAUUGCAAAACCCUAUGGUGAAUAAUCGGUUCGAAUGGCAAACUAUGUUGUCUAAAGUGUUGAAAGGUGAUAUUGUAAGAAAUGAAAAGACCAAGAUUGCGAAUCAAGGAAAGGGUCCCGGCUUCAAUACGCAGUAUUCAGAUGAUAUUUGGAUUGAGUUGAAGGCAUGGAUGAAUGGGAGAACCGUGGAGGAUCAAAGCAAAUCUUUAAGUAUCUUCAGAAAUUCCACUGAUUCUGUAUUCCAAGAAAUAAUGGACUUCAGAUUGGACGAUAACAUGAGCGCUGAAAAGGCCGGGGAGACCAUCAAGUCACUUGUGGACAAAUAUUAUAGGGUCCUGAAUCUUUGGCCUAAUGUGAAGAGAAUGCAUAACGAAAAACCCAUUACUAAAACAGAAGCAUUCAGAAAUAGGAUAGAUACCUUGAACAGUUGGCUGAAUUUCAAAUUCAACUUUGACACUAAUAUUGCCUACCUGAAAAAAUGGAUUGUUGGUUAUAAAGAUUUGGAAAGCACUGCUGAACUGAACACUAACAACGAUUUGAAUAGUUUAGAUGAUCCAGCAAUAUUUGCCGCUAAUUGUAAACGAUUUGCCGAGCAAAUCAUAAAGGAAAAGGAUAUUGAACUGAUUUUCCAGAAGAAAAUCUUUUUUCCGUUGGCACCAUGGAUUUUAAAGGCUAAAUUUUUCUUUUUGAAAUACCAAAAAAUGUGGAAUGAACUAAAUUUGUCCUAUUUAGAGCAAGAUUUGGAAUUUUUAUUGAUGUUUCCCAUGUGUCUAGUCAAAGAUAUCAUACUAAUACGCUUAUCCUAUGCAAGAAAAAUACAGAAUCCAACACUAAUGAUGAUUGACCAAAUGAUGGACGAUUUCAGCACUUACAUCAAAUUAGCGGUCCAGAUGAAAUUCACUGUUGCUUCUUAUUGCAAAGACUGGUUUCUAAACGUGAAAAUUGAUCCUGAAUUUGAUCAUACUGUUGUCGAAGCUUUGCAGUAUUUUUUCUAUAUCUUGGAACUAAGGAUUUUGUACAGUGGAAAGAACUCAUUCAAGACCUCUAAAGAACCAGAUUUGCUACUUAAAUACUGGGAAAUGUUCAGAAAUGUUGGCUAUUACAUCGAUGAUGCUGGUGAAUUAAUUGCCACUGAGUUUACAAAAUUGACACUUCGGUUGGUCCACAGAUUGCAUGCAUACCUUUUACGGCAGCAAAAUACUCCCCCGAAAUUAGAUGAUGAAGCGGGCGCUGAAAAAUGGUUGAUCCAAAUAUUCGAGAUACUUGGAUCAAUGAAAAGGAAACUUAAUAGAUUUACAAAUAUUUUAACAAAAGCAUUCCAAAAUUUUGUUAGAUAUAAGAUAGAAGACCACAACUAUCUAUUGAGACAGUUGAAGGAAACCGGCCACUUUCUUAUCUACUCAGGGGGGUAUCUAGAACAAAACGGUACUUAUUUGAUUGGUAGCCCCGAAUUAUUGGGUUGUAAAGAUGAUGAUAUAUUGAGAAUCAUUAAGAAUUCAGACAUUGGUUGUGAUUUGGUACCCAAACUAGAAAUCAAUAACAGUCUGACCAUUUAUAAUGCAUUGGAUGGCAAAUGGAACUCAAACUCUUCACUGGGUUCGGAUAUUUCAAGUGAUGGUACACCAUUCUACUAUGUUAAAAAUGAGUUAACCAGCCAACCUAGAUCUUACAACGGGAAUAGGGUCAACCGUGAACCGGACUUCGAAAAUAGUAAGAGCACAGAAGAAGAACUAUACGAAUUAGAGACAAGAUUGAAUUCUCUUGGUUAUGUACUGGUGCUGACUCCACAGGAACCAUUGCUAUGGGAAGGUGAAAUGUACAAUCUAUCGGAUAAUAAAGUCAUCAAAGCGGAAGAUUUAAAUUUAAAAGUGAUUUCAAACUCAAUAGAUCUGAUGUGUCAAGGAUCCAGUUAUGCCCUGGAGUAUCAAUGUGAUAGAUUUCAACAAAUUGCUAGCAACUCAGUUUCCUUUUUGGAAAAGAAAUCUUCUUCUGAGACUGUGAAAAAUAACCUGCAGAGAAUAAAUAAGGCAUACUUCAGAUGCACAUAUAGUGUUUUGAAGAAUUAUCCAAAGAUUAUGACCACAUUUAAAAGAGUAAGUCCUGUUAAUGAUUUACUGAAUAAUAUUUUUCUUUUCGGGAGAGAUUUUGGCCUGAACUUUUUGAGGAUAAAUGUUGCCAACAAUGAAAAACGGUCCAUAAUUAUACUUUUAAUGAUGAGACUAAGCAUUGGGUGGCUUAAGUUUUUAGCUGAAGACUGUGAUCCGACAGAUCAGAGGGUGUUUAGGUGGUGUGUAACGUCAAUGGAAUUUGCAAUGCAUAUGGUCAGUGGUUGGAAUGUUCUAGCGCUUGAUGACUGUCAAUUUUCUUCUUUAAAGCAAAAAAUCUCAGAGUGUAUGUCACUACUUAUCUCCCAUUUCGAUAUAAUAGGUGCCCGCUCCAUGGAAGUUGAGAAGAUUAAUCAACAAGCUAGAUCAAAUCUUGAUUUAGAAGAUGUGUUCGAUGACGAUAUGAUGUUGCAAGUGAACUCUGAGUUCCGUGUACAGAGUAUCAUAGAAUUGGAAGAAAAAAUCAAAAAAAAUCCACACCAAACUGGUAAAGUGAUAGAUGACAGUGAUAAAGGUAACAAGUAUCUUGUUUCCUUGGCAUCCUCCAUCUCCAACGUGUCUAUGAGAUGGCAAAAGAGGAAUUUUGUUGGAGGUGGUACUUUUGGAAGAGUUUUUUCUGCGGUUGAUUUGGACAAUGGUGAAAUUCUGGCUGUUAAAGAAAUUAAUAUUCAAGACAGUAAGGCAAUGCAAAAGAUUUUCCCUCUAAUCAAAGAAGAGAUGAGUGUCUUGGAGAUUUUGAAUCACCCAAACAUUGUUUCAUAUUAUGGUGUCGAGGUUCAUCGUGAUAAAGUCAAUAUCUUCAUGGAAUAUUGUGAGGGAGGCUCUUUAGCAGCUCUAUUGGAGCAUGGUCGUAUUGAAGAUGAAAUGGUCACUCAGGUCUACACAUUACAGUUACUGGAAGGUCUUGCGUAUCUGCAUGAAUCUGGGAUUGUUCACCGUGAUGUUAAACCUGAAAAUAUUCUGCUAGACUUUAAUGGUGUCAUUAAGUAUGUUGAUUUUGGCGCUGCCAAGAAAAUUGCUAAUAAUGGAACCAGACUGGCUAGUAUGAACAGAACUGAAGACGCAGACGGUGAGCAUGAAGAAGACGCUCACGCUUCGGAUUCAAAGGCAGCGAAAAACAACGAAAACGGUCUGCAAGAUAUGAUGGGGACACCUAUGUAUAUGGCGCCGGAAUCGAUUACUGGUUCUACCAGUAAAGGCAAAUUUGGGGCGGAUGACGUUUGGUCAUUAGGUUGUGUUGUAUUAGAAAUGAUUACUGGUAGGCGGCCAUGGUCUAACCUCGAUAAUGAGUGGGCCAUUAUGUAUCAUGUUGCGGCCGGACACACUCCGCAGUUCCCCAAUAAAGAUGAGGUAUCCUCUGCUGGUAGGAAAUUUUUAGAGAGAUGUCUUAUUCAAAAUCCUUCCAAGAGAGCCAGUGCGGUUGAGCUGUUGAUGGAUUCUUGGAUUGUACAAAUUAGAGAAAUAGCCUUUGGUGAUGAUUCUUCUUCCACAGAUACUGAAGAAAGAGAGUGA